AAAUUACACAGGAAAGAGUCUGAACAUAGAAUCUAGUUGUCGAACUUGUUACUUGAAUAGACGUAAAUCUAGGCUAUCUAGGAGUAUCAGUAGAUCAAUGUUCCUGACUCAAGAUCCACAGCCAAACAUCUAGAUAAUUACAGAAGCCAUAACGAUGGCUAAAGUAUUAUUUGUUAUUAGUGUUCCUUCUGACAAUGACUUGAAAUCCAGCUUUGAAAAUGAAGAGAUUUGCAAGGAGGAAAAAGGAAGUCAAGAACUAAAAUGCACAAAUGAUAUUGUUAAAGAAAACACUGAAGAUAAUCAUAAAUGGGAUUUUGAUGACCAAAAGGAGAAAAAACAUAGCUUAGAAGGGAACAACAACUCAAAAGAACCUGAUGUUGAAAUUAUAAAACCAAGAAAGAACAGUGUAAGCGGAAACACUGCCGAAGCAGAAGCCAUCUUAUUGAGCACACAUGAAGAUGGUGCAAGUAAAAGAAAAAACAGUCUGAAAUCUAGUCAGGAUAAUAUUGAUCUAGAACAAGUGAAAAGGAAAAACAGCUUGUUGGAUGCAGAUGAAGUUGAUAAAUGUAGAUCUACUAGAAAAAAUUCCAUAUCUCCAAGUUUAGCUUCGCAGAAAAUUGACAUGAAAAUGCUUAAAAAGUCAGAAUCAGGCCUUGUCAGUUUUUUGUCACUUGGUCCCCUAAUAGAUAGAGUAAAAGCAACUUUGCUAGAGAUCAAUGUCACAGGUGUACAGUGGAAUACCACCGAGGAUAAUUUAUAUGUUGGGACAUUUAUAGAUGGUGAUGGUGAGAGGUGUGAAGAAAUAUUAUACAGCCUUACAGAGCAUGCAAUUUCAGUUAGCGUGUUUCCAGCUUCAGUCAGCAUAACCAGAGUUCCUAAGAAAGAUGAAGUAGAGCAGCUGAAGAAGAUCCAAGAAAAAGAAAGUAUACUAGCAGAAAAAGUUGGCCAAUUCAAGAAGUCAAUAAAAUCUAGACUCGUUGUUGCCCAGGUUGUUGAUUCAGUGAAAAGUGAUGCUUUAUUUACAUUUGAUUUCCUUAUGCUGGUAAUGCUUGCAAGUAUGGUUGCUGUUAUGGGAUUAUUGGAGGCAAGUUCAGUUGCUCUUGUUGCAAGUAUGCUUGUGUCCCCUUUGAUGGGCCCAAUUAUUGCUGGUGUUUUUGGUACUGUCAUAAGAAACCAUGAUCUAUUGAAAGUGGGUUUUAAGUCAGAAAUUAAAGGCUUGUGUUUGUGCAUUCUCAUGGGUUUUGUAACAGGAUUUAUACCUGCUGCUUUAGAAAGUACAGGCGCUAAGUGGAGAUCUACAGAAAACUGGCCAACUAUUGAAAUGUCUGCCAGAGGUUCUCUAAGAUCUCUGCUUGUAGGUGUCCUCAUAGCCAUCCCAUCAGGUGCUGGAGUUGCCUUGUCCAUCUUGGGAGGGAAAGUGGGAUCUCUUGUGGGUGUGGCCAUAUCAGCCUCCCUUCUACCUCCUGCUGUCAAUGCUGGUUUACUUUGGGCAAAUGCUCUUGUAGUUGCCAUUCGUCCACCGGCCACUUUACCAAUGAAACAUGCUAUGAAUGAUUCCCUUGUAAAUGGCACUGCGGAUCAAAGAGCAGCAGCUCUCACCUACAAAGGAGAGUUGAAAUGUCCAGAGUUCAUAGACAAUGGCUUUAUACCUGAAUACUACUGUGAUAUGGCUAGAGAAAGUGCCGUCCUAGGGGUUGUCAGCCUUCUCCUCACCAUACUCAACAUCAUCUGUAUCAUCAUCAUGGGUAUUGUCGUCUUAAAGAUUAAAGAAGUAGCUCCCAUACGAUCUGGACCUACAGCAGAGAAAGAAUUUUUUGGAGAAGACUUGAAGAUUGCCAGGGAGUCUUAUCAGACAACUAAAGGGCAGUAUUCUCAAGUAUUGGGCAAGAAGUUUAGUCAAGAAUGGGAGAACUUAAAGAAUGCUGUGGGUGUUGAUGGGAUUGGUCCACAUCUCCAUGACAUUGUGGAGGAAGUUGAAGAGAGUGCAACUGUCAAAGAAAUAACAGAUCUAAUGCCACAUAAGCCAAAACCUUGGUACAAUAAAAUGAGACUCGGAAAGUCUGAUUAUUUUGAUGAAGACAGCCACCAUUCUGAAAAGCAAUACAAGACCAUAGGCACCCACUUCCUUUUCCCUCCUAGAUCAAAUGAUGAAUUUAUUGAGAUGAGAAAACCCAGACCCUUCUCUCAUAGUGAAUCAUACACAAGAGAUGAUGACGAUGCACAUAGCAUGACUUAUCUUACUAUUCACCGCUCAACUUCACCUAGAUCAUCCGUCACAAAUAAAACAGUUUCAAAACCACACCGGUUUGAGGUGGUCAAGGUUCAAGAAAAAUCUCCAAAGAAGCGAAUGAGCAGGACACAACCAUCAAGUCCUGUCCCUAAACCUGAGAUUAAAAUAAAUUUAGCUGAUAAUGCUACUGCCCCCAAAAUAAUUUUAACUGAUAAUGCUACUGCCCCCUUGUUGUCUGAGGAAAAUGUAGUAGUUUCAUAAACUUAGUGGUAGUUGUUGGCCAUAAAUAGUUUGUACAAAUGAUUUUAAAUUUCACCAUGAACAGUGAAAUAUUUAGAUAUAUUUUAGAUCAUUAAAUGAAAAAACAACUCGGCUAAUACUCAGCUAAGCAUAAUUUCCUACAAUAAAAACCUUGCAUUUUUAAAAAGUUAGCAUGAUGUAUUGUUUUAGAAAACAUUUUAUUUGGUAGUUUUACAAUAGAUAUUAGUGAAUGAAUUUAUUCACUGCAACGUAGCUUUUUAUUACAAAUAUUCCUAAUGAAACCUCUUAGUUGUAUAAUUUUGUACAAUUAAAAGACAGCUAUAACUUAAGUAUGUUUCAACUAUUUUCUCUUAAAAUUCAUGUACAUCUUAACAUUUUUCUGUUAUCUUUCUUUGUAAAUUGUGUUGUUUUUUCAAGUCGUGAAAAGCAAAGUUGUAAAUUACUACACAAUAAGCUGCACUUGUAUUUAUUUUGCACAGUGUUAGACCCAAGAAAUUCUCUGUUGUUGCUUAAAUUUAUAUUUAAAAUGUCUCCUGAAAUUGUAUAGGUCUACUAAAAAUCUUUACAUAAAAUCCUUUUGUGAAAAAAUUAUCAUGUUGAAUGUUGAAAAUAGUCAUUAGAGUAUGUAAAAAAUGUCCAUAUUUAAAAAGCUAUUAUUUUCAGUUUAACAUAAAUUUGUAUAUUUGUUGAUUUAGUGUUUGUUCAGACUCUAGUAUUAAAUGUUUAAAUACAUUUCUAUUUAAAAAUGUAAUAAGAUUUACAAGAAUCAUUCAUCUUACAUCAAUAUAAAGUGCCUAGUAGAAAACUCAAAAAAAAAUUGGUGCCUUUAUUAUAAAGAUUUAUUUAGGUUUUAAAAAAUAUUUUGUAGCAUAUCAGUUCAUGAACAGUGUAUACAGCUUUUCUGACUAAAUUAGAUAACCUGAACAUCUGUAUUUGC